GACACAUUUUGAUACAGUUUAUAGCAGCCGUACUGUGUGUGGCGCUUUUUUUCCUUUUAUUUUCUACUUCGCUCCAUAUCAUCUCAUCUCAUUUCGGUUUUGCAAUUUCGCUUAAAUAAAUAUUAUACACUGCAAAUCGAAAUACUUUGCUGUUCGUACGCGUGCCGUUGUGUGUUUCGCUAUCUCAGCCUUUUGUGUGUGUUUCCAAAGGAAAGAGGAAUAAAAAAAAUAAAUCCAGAAAAACUUACACCAAAAGUGUGUGAGAGAGAGAGAGAGAGAAAGAGAAAAAGAGACGAAAAAUUGCGAGAAGAAAAGAUCUUUGGAACCAAUAAUUUUUCUUGGAGAUCAUUUGAAAAUUUUACUAAAGAAAAGAAUUGAAAAAGUGUUUUGUGAAUCUUCGAUAUUGGUGUUUGAUUGUUAGUUUUUGAUAUGGUAGAGAAAAAAAAAUACAUUUCCAAAAUCUUACAAGUGAUUUACAUUUAAUUGGUGAAAUAUUGUGAAACAUAACACAAAACGAGACUGGAUUUGAACAUAAUUUUAUUCGUGUUGAGAACACAAAAAACAACGCCGUACAAAAAUUGAUUCGAAGGAAUUGCAAAAAGUCAUUUCAAAUUGGAUAUUCCAUCAUUGAUUGUUGAAUUGAGAGAUCACAUCAAAUUAUCGAAAGAGAGAUAGAGAAAGAAGCCAAAAAUGCAGAAAUUAUGAUUUGAACCAUUAUUCCAUAUCAAAUGCAUGGAACAACAACGACUUUUGUCUUUGUUGUUUGUGAGUAUAGUAAGCCAUUUGGUUAUUACGAAUCCGUCGAGAGUGAAAGCUGCUGCUGCUACUGAGUGAGAGCAAACGAACGCACGAAAGGGCCACACAAUAAGAAAGUGAGUUUUGAAGAGAUUUGCCUCGACGACGACGACUACGCUACACUUAAGAAUUUGGUUGUUGAAGAAUGGCGCUGGUCUAAUAACAUGGAAACGAAACAUACACACCUCAAAUUCUGAAUAGCACACACGAAAAAUUAAAACGAUGAUAGAAAACGAUCAGCAACCAAUUGAGAAUAAUCGCAACAGUUACUAGCACAUCAACUGUAUAUAUAAUAUAUAGAUAUAUCCAAAAGUGGGGGCUCGGUAUCGUCAAGGAUUUUUGUUGUUGUUGUUGUUGUUGUUAUGGAACGAAUAUUCUAAAAAAGUAUCACUCGAUUUAUACACUUUUGCACGGAUGGAAAAUUCGCAGUGAGCCCCCACCUCACUAUUUCGCUAUGAUGUGCCAAUCAAUCAACGUAACGUGAAAAUUAUAAGCACAAAGCCCAAUUAAACCCGUUCAUAUAAUAUAACAGUGAAAAGAAUUUUCGAGUGCAAACGCAUUAUUCACAUCUGCCAAAGAGAGAGAGAGAGAGAGAGAGAGAGAGAGAGAGAGAGAGAAAGAGAGAGAGAGAGUGAGAAAGAGGGAGGAAGACACAGAGAGGGUCCACAAAGCAACGUGUCGAUUCGGGGUGGAUUCGCACAGCAAUUGAAAUUUUUAUUUGUGAUGCAGUGAAAGUGGAAAUUGGCUUAUGACAGAGGUUUUUCAUAGAGGCCUGAGCAUGUCGCCACCACUCUUUCGUAAAUAAAGAAUGAAGAAGCAAAAUGUUCGUACGAUCUCAUUAAUCGUGUGCACAUUCACUUAUCUUCUUGUCGGGGCUGCCGUAUUUGAUGCACUGGAAUCCGAAACAGAGAAAAAACGAUGGCACGCAUUAAGUACAAUCGAAGCAAUGAUCAUGAAAAAAUAUAACAUAAGCGCUGAAGAUUUCAAAGUUAUGGAAACGGUCAUAUUGAAAUCGGAACCGCAUAAAGCCGGUCAGCAAUGGAAAUUUACCGGUGCCUUUUAUUAUGCGACUACCGUUUUAACUACUAUUGGGUAUGGUCAUUCCACACCAAGCACCAUUGGUGGCAAGCUCUUCACGAUGUGUUAUGCUAUCGUUGGCAUUCCAUUGGGGCUCGUGAUGUUUCAGAGUAUCGGAGAAAGAGUUAAUAGACUGAGCAGUUUUGUUAUAAAAUCCGUUAAAUCAUCGUUGAAUUGUGAACGUACCGUUGCAUCGGAAUUAGAUUUAAUUUGUGUUGUCACAACAUUAAGUUCGCUGACAAUAGCCGGUGGUGCAGCUGCUUUCUCAAAAUUUGAGGGAUGGAGCUACUUUGAUUCAGUUUAUUAUUGUUUCAUUACACUGACUACGAUUGGUUUUGGUGAUAUGGUCGCAUUGCAGAAGGAUAAUGCGUUAAAUAAAAAGCCGGAAUACGUUAUGUUUGCGUUAAUAUUUAUCCUGUUUGGUUUGGCCAUUGUGGCUGCAUCCUUAAAUUUAUUAGUACUUAGAUUUGUCACAAUGAACACGGAAGACGAAAGACGAGACGAAGCUCAAGCAAUGCAGGCACUCCAAGGCCGAGUGACGCUGGAAGGGGAUGUAAUAACAGCAAAUGAUUCAAUAUUGAGUGGUCAUAUUGGUCACGAAAAUAUGUCUGUCACUGGUGAUAAUACAUCAAUAUGUUCAUGUCAUUGUGCCUGUUUUAGGGCAAGAAAACACAAAAGUAAACAUAGAUUUAAGGUAAGACGCUCUCCAAGCCACAUUCGACAUUUACUACCCACAUCGGUACUGCCAUUGAAAGAAUUUCACAACUACGAUCAAACGUCACAACAGCAACUAGAUCAAUAUCGCACAUCAUCGACAAUGAAUGAUUCACGUAUGUUAUUGAAUCAUCCGCAUCAAGAUUUGCUGAGCGGCGGUGCAAUCAUCACCGACAGCGCCUAUAUGUAUGACAUGGAUUUUGGCAGUGUGAUACCAUCACGAACGCAAACCACACUGUUACCUCCCGAUUUGUGUUGUCCCGAUUUGCCACCACUCUACCAACCCGCACAUAGAGCUUCCAUUUAAAUAAUCCAGACAACACACAAACACAAGUGCGCGCGAAAACACACAACAAACACCAAGCAGCAAGCAGCAACAACGGGCGAACACGGUGACACAACUCCUUUUCUGUAUUUAGGGAAAAAAACUGCUUUUCUUUUGAAAUGACAGUCCUGGAUAAUUUUCUGUUUUAAUUCAACGAAAGGGAAAAACAAAGUUUUACUAUUUAUUUCCACUGAAUUCAUUGAAUAGUUUUCCUUUUUCCGGGCAAAAGAAGGAAAAUUGGACUCAGUCAAUGUAGUGAGGAUAAAAAAACAUAUCCAGGCCAUGUUUGAUUAUAACGUAAUAUAGGCAAAACGGAAACGGAAUAUCCCCAUUGAAAUUUAUUCACACCAAAAAUCUUGGCGCAAUAUUCGAAGAUGAUAAACCAUUAAUUAGAAAACGAAUGUGUAACAACCAAAUUAAUGACCAUGAAAUGAAUCAAUUUGUACUAUAGUAUUUCAUAUGUUAAGCAUAGACAAAAAAAAAAACAAAUACAGCAGAAAUCUGUACCGGACGAAAACGACGACGGCCGACAAACAUGAACAAACGCCUCUGAUCAUUUGGAUAAAGCAUCAAGAUGAGAUUGUCAAUUCGUUUAUUCUGCAAUCUCAACUGAGCAAUCUUUCCACGGGCGAUGCGAAUAUUCUUUUGUCGGAUAAAACAAGAAUCUAAAUAAUUUGUUUUUUUUUAUUGUUGGAAAUGAAUGGACUACGAAAUCAAAGCAAUUUCUUUUAACAAACACGGUUCACGUGGAUAACGACAACUGCGUGCGUUUGUCGUCAUUCCAGUGGCAGUUUGUCAAAUGCAAACUUAAUCUUAAACACACCCACAAAGAAACAAACAGACACAUACACAAAAAUUGGUCGGUGUUAUUUGAAUAGUUGUUGUAGUUAAUUAAUUAUCGAUAUGGAAUCCAAUAAACACUUAAAUAAAGUGUGGCGGAAUCAAUUUCCUAGGACAAAAAUAGAUUCAUUCGCAAGCUGUUGAACAAAGAAAAACUAUAGACGGACGAAGCGAAGAAAAUUUUCCACAGACUAGUGAAUUUGCUGUCUGCCCAGUGACUGCUCUUCAACAGCGGCUUCCAAUAGCGGUUGCAUUGCUGUACACUAUGAGCAUCGCGCGGAAAUUUGAACAAACAAAUGGAGCUAUGUCGAAUGCAAACUGAGUCGAAUCAACUCUGCGUGCAUGUCCAAGUCCAUGCGUGUUAGAGUUUUGUGCAUGAGUCUUACAGUGUGUAACGUGCAUGCCAUGACCUAAGUAGACAGUAAAUUACUGGCCUGGUUUUCCAAAACCGUUCAUUGGAGAAGUAUGGAAAUAUGUGUAAAAAAAAUGAAGGAAAAAGCAAAAGACAUUUGCGAACUGAAUGUGUGAUUUUUUUUAGGGACAGCACAUAACAUUCGAGUAGUCUCACUUCUCUAAUUUAGUAAGAUUUCAAUUUUCAAUGAAAAAAAAAUCGAAUGAUAGAAAGGAAUGCAGAAACAGUGCCAAAGGACUUAAUUGUAGUAAAACCAAAAUCUUUUCGAAAAAUAUAAUAUCAUUCGGGCAAAAAUUAGAGACAGAGUAAAAAACAAACGCUACCAAGAUUAUCCAUUUCUGUUCCUAUCUUCUCAUACAAAUACAAAUUCCAUUUCCCGAAAAGAAAUGAAAUCCGAUUCUAAAUGGUCAUCAAAAAAUGAAACUGAACCUAUUUUUAAACAAAGGUUGUUGCUAAUAAAAACAAAAAUAAAUUAUAUUACCUUAACUCGAACUCAUUACGUUUUUCUCCAUUUAUCGAUUAUCCGAACAAAUUAUUUUGAAUAGACAAUUAUUAUUAAAAGAAAACAAGAUAUUAUAUGUAAUUAUUCAAAUCGAAUUAGAAAUUCCUUCUCUUUACUUUACUAUAAAAGUAAACAUGGGCAAAACAACAAAACCAGAAAAAUAUAUUCAAACGAAUUGAGAAAUACGAUAUGCAGCGAUUCAGAUAGGUGUAAAACUGUACAAUUGAAAUAGGUCAUUUGGAACUCUGUCGCAUUCACACAUUUGCAGUGUGUGUGUGUGUGUGUGUGGCUCGCCAAAUUUCAAGUGUGCUACAGCAUUACAUGUCUCAGUCAUCGUGCGUAAUGUAAUCACAUUAGCUUUUUUAAAAAUACCUGAAGAGAAAAAAAACACAAAAAUUUAAAAUCGAAAUGAGAAGAAUGACACCUUUAUUGAAGUCGAACUAUAUCAAAAUACAAAAUACAUUUUUCGUAUUUUUUCAAAUGCGUGGAAAUUUCAAUUCGUUUUAAAACACACACACACACACAAGAGAACGAACGAAUAAACAAAUGAAUUAGAAUUUGUUAAACAGUUCAAUAAUAAAAAAAAAACCCGCUUUGAUUGUAAACCAGUCUUAUUAAAUUGAGAUACAAAAUUAGAUGAAACAUUGAUAGAAACAACAACAAUAUGAAGCAAAAAAACAUUUUCACUAUUAUGUAGGUAUUUAAAAAUUAAAAAUUUUCUCGUUUUUUUACUAUCGAUAUAAAAGAAAUAAUUUUUAAAAUAUUUAAACGGUCAAGUGUGUCAAGUUCAGAAUUUCCUUAUUCUCCCCUCAUUACCAACACCCCAAACACACCGCCCUCAAAUAGAAUCUAUUGACAUUUUACAAACAAAAGUAAAAGUAAAAAAGGCGCAACUGCUCUUAAUUCACGCCAUUCCUAAGGACAGUUUGCACGAUAAAAUGCGCCAAAAAUGAAGAGUUCAUAAGUUGUAUAUAUUCCUAAAUUACAAAUUUAAGAUUUUUAAUUGACAAUUUGCAAGAAUUUCAUUAAAACCCACUCCCAUACAAAUUUACUCAAUUCAAACAUCCGAAGAAA